AUGCCUCGGAUCCCUCAGAGCAGAUCUGCUGGAGCGCUGCCGGGGGUUGGCAAAGCCAACGUCUCCCAUCUGCAGCAAUCAGGAGGUUUGGUGGUCGCUGACUCGAAUCGGAUGACCUGGGGUACCAUUGACAUGACUUCAGAUGGCCCCACCGCCGCGAUGGUGAAAGGCUGGCCUCGCUGGGCCAUUCCCGGCUUUUUGGACGAGGUACCGCCACGCCUGGAUUUGUGUCGUCAGCGCUUGCUGGCGGCUGAGAUCGAGCUGGGCCGGGCGGAAAAGGCGGGGGGCCUAGACAUCGGGGAUUCCGCGCCGGAAAAGGCGGAAUCUGUUCCGGCGGUCUUGCAGGAUUUGCCCCCCUUGGCCGGGCCGGACGACGGGCCGGAUGAGUUUGCCCACUUGCCGCAUGAGGGUGAGAUGUUGCUGGAGCAGGUGUCGGAGCUUGAAGCACAGCUGUCAUCCACUGAGGUGAAGUUCAAGGACUUGGAAACGAGUCAUGCCGCAGCGAGACAGCAGCGCAAUGCAUACUCCUCUCAGUUGGACUCCUCGACAGAGCAAAUCUCAGCGCUAGCAGCGCGUAUCGCUGCUUUGGCGGGAGAGUUAGACACUUCGCAGCAACACAAUCAAGAGUUGAAAGGGAAGAUUGUGGCCUCACGAGCCAACACACAGAAGUUGCAACAGCAGCUGCUCAAGAGCGAUCGAGAAGUGGCGCAUGCCAGGUAUGAGAACUGCAAGCUGGAAGAGUUCUUGCAGUCCACUCGAGGGGUUGCUGAAGACUUUCGAGACCGGCUCGAAGUGUCGGAGGCUGAGCAGGACAAACUGCGUGCUCGGAUCCGUGAGCUGCAGGAGAGCAACGAAGCUGUGAGGGAGGAUGCCAACCAGCGCAUCGAGGAGCUCGAAGAGGCUUUGCAAGAGGCAGACAGCAGCAUUGAAGAGUUGCAGCAGGAAAAGGAGACCUUAGAGCAAAACCGAAACCGCUUAGCUGAGUCUUUGCAAGCACAGAAAGAGCAAACGAGUGCCCAAGAACAACUCGUAGCCAGCUUACGCCAGCAGCAGGUGCAAGAAGAGCGCUCAAAAGCAGCUGUCCAAAAGCAGCUCGAUGGGAAAGAAAAAGAAGUAGAGGAGCUGCAAAAGCAACUUGAAAGAAUGGCGCAGACCAUAGAAGAAGCAGAGCAAUCAAGGGCUGCAGCAGAAGAGCGCGCUGCUGCACCACAAGAGCCCCCAGACACGGCAGCAGAGGUGGCAGCCAGCGAAAAAGCUGGAAAACAGCGCAUUGAGGAGCUUGAGGAGGCUUUGCGCCAGCAGCAGAUGCAAGAAGAGCGCUCGAAAGCAGUGCAAGAAGAGCGCUCGAAAGCAGAAGUAGAGGAGCUGCAAAAACUACUUGAAAAAAUGGCACAGGCCAUAAAACAGGCAGAGCAAUCAAGGGCUGCAGCAGAAGAGCGCGCUGCUGCAUCACAAGAGCCCCCAGACACGGCAGCAGAGGUGGCAGCCAAUGAAAAAGCUGGAAACCAGCGCGUUGAGGAGCUCGAAGAGGCUUUGCGCCAGCACCAAGUGCAAGAAGAGCGCUCGAAAGCGGCGAUUCAAAAGCAGCUCGAGGGGAAAGACAAAGAAGUAGAGGAGUUGCAAAAGCAACUUGUCGAAAUGGCACAGGCCAUAAAACAAGCAGAGCAAUCAAGGCCUGCAGGGGAAGAGCAUGCUGAUGCACCACAAGAGUCACCGGAGAAGGCCGCAGAGGUUGCAGCACGUGUAGUUGUCAGCCACUGGGUUGAAAAGGCUGGAAGCCAAAGCCCUGCAGAAGAAAAGUCUGUCCGAGACAAUCAGCAGACUUCGGAGUGGCUUUCGCAGUGGGACUCAGAAGAUAUAUUUUUGACAGUUCCCAUGGUCAUGGCAUCUGGGAUGUGUGAGCAGGGUCUUGCACCAACCCGGGUUGGGCUGAAGGGGUCGGACUUUUUGAUACAACCCUUGCUGCCAGCAGGGCCGCCAGAACGGAUGAAAUUGAGCAGCGUGAAGUCAAUCAGCACUGAGGUGUGCGGUGACAACGUGUCAUUGCUGCUGGACAUCGAAGAGGGUGGAGCUCAGAGAAGGCUUCAGCUGAAGAGCGAUGAAGAAAGCACGGAAGCUCUGCUUGCCACCUUGACACUUGAUGUGAGAGUCAUGCCAGGAGAGGAGCUGAAGAGAUAG